AUGGCGGCGCAGCCUGUGCGCGGUCUCGUGAAAUUCAUCACGGACCUGAACGGCCUGGCUACCUACCGGGAGCGCGACCACCGCGUCCGGGAGGAGCUGUCCAAAAUCCACUCACGCUUCGAUGAGCGCGGCAUGAGCGGCUACGAGAAGAAGAAGUGCAUGCUGAAGCUGCUGUACAUUCACUUGCUCGGCUACGAUGUGGAUCUGGGCCACGUGGAGGCCGUCCAGCUGAUGGCGUCGUCGUCCUACCAGGAGAAGGCGGCUGGCUACAUGGGCGUGGAGGUGUUGCUCGGCGACCUGCCGGAUCUGCGCCGCAUGGCGAUAAACACGACUCUGGAGGACCUGCAGAGCGCUGUUGAGCACGUGAAGGCGCUUGCGCUGAGCCACGUCGCCAACAGCUGGUGCGAGGAGCUGCGUGAGCGGAUCUUCGACGACGUGCUGCGGAUGCUCAAAGCGGUGCCGAUUGAGUCUUCCAUGCUGCGCAAGAAGCUGUACAUGUGCGUGCUGCAGUUCCUGCGCCUCAACAGCGCGCUCUUUCGGCUCCACGAAUGGAAGCGGAAGAUGUUCGACCUGCUUUCGCAGGAGGCUGACUUCGGGUGCCUGAUGGCUCUGUCUAACCUGCUGAUCGGGUUCGUGCGCCUGCACCCCGGCGAGUGGGACCACUGCGUGCCGUUGAUUCUCGAGGCGCUGAUGCGGCUGCUGUCCGGCACCGUGGUGGGCGAGCGCUACUACUCGCUGAACUCGCCCUGGCUGCUGUGGAAGCUGCUGAACGUGCUCGCCCUCGUCGAGCCCUGCCCCAACGCGCGCUACAGCAACACGCUGAACCAUGUAGUCGGCCGGCUGGUCGACCGCAUGCUGUCGAUAAAGCUGCCGACGUCUAAUCGUCCGAUGGGCGGCGGGGAGGAGGAGCGCGCCAAGAUGAUGGCGUGGCUGCUGCGCAUGUCGAUCGCGCUGGAAUCUGUGCGCGUGAUAGUCGUGUGGCUGCCCCAUAUGCCUUCGUUUUCCGUGGAGCCCGUCGUGGACUUUUUGACGCGGAUGCUUGCGUCGCAGGCGUCGCACGUGUACAUCAACGCCCUGGAGAUGGCCGAGAAGAUGCUGGAGAACGAGCAGCUCCUGGUGGUGCUGAAGGAGCGGCUGCCGCAGUUCCUGGCGCUCUUCGCCUCCAACGACCCCACCGUCAAGUGCCGGACCCUGUUCGUGGUUUCGCACCUCUGCGACAAGGACAACUGGAACCAAGUGAUCCCCGAGAUGCUGUCAGUGCUGCGCGAAUCCGACGUACCGACGCAGAACUACGCGGUCCCGCUGCUUCUGGACGCCCUGCAGCGCUGCGUGCCGCUGGACUCGCUCUACAUCGACUUCGUGUUCAAGAUGAUGCAGUACGUGCACGACGAGUCCGUCUUGCAGGGCGUGCCCGCCGUGCUGCACGACAAGCCGGCGCGCUUCGGGGAGCUGCUGGCGUCCCGGUGCAUCUCUGCGUUGCGCCAGGGCCCCGUGAACGACGCCAUACUGCGCAUCUGUGCCGCAAGCCUCGGCGAGUACGGCCAUUUGAUCGAGAAGGAGUUGUGCUGCAGCGAGCAGGCGAGGCUGCUGCAGCGCUACUUCCCGCUGGGCUCCGGGUGCACCCAGUGCGUGGUGCUGACUACGCUGGCCCGCCUUGCAAUCAGGGACCGGUCACUGUGGGAGAAGGUGGAGCGUUUCCUCGACUCGCAGGCCGUCCACCCCGAUGUCUGCGUGCAGUCCACGGCAUGCGAGCUUGUUCGGCUCAUGUUGCUGGGUAGCUCGGUGCUUGAGAGCGUCGUCAACGGCGACCACGGCCGGCGUGGCCCCGCUGACGCGAUCGAAUCCGUCGAGCCCAAGGUGCUGAGCAUCUCCGACGUGGAUGAAUCCCCGGCACACAAUCGCAACGCGGUUACCGUCCGCCGUCAAACUCGUGCUGCAUCCGCGUCUUCUCGUGCCUCUUCGUCUUCUGCAUCUUCUACUCCUUCUUCUUCGUCGUCGUCAUCCAGGUCCCACUCCGCCUCCUCCAGCUCGUCCGCCACCCCGACCGCCCCGUCCUCCAUGAGCUUCGAGGACGAGGCAGCCGACGGCCGUCUGCUGCGCGAGCGCAUGCUGUCCGACUCGCCCGGGCCGCUGUUCGACGACGGCGUGCUGUCGGUCUGGGUGGAGCAGGCCUACCGUCGCCACGAGGCCAAAGUGAUGGUUAGGAUCACCGUGAGCGCCCGCAGUGCGCGGGCAAUCCGAUGCAUCCACAUCACCAGCGCGUCCCUGCGCUGCGACACCGGGCUGGACGGCACUGAACACAACUCCGUGAAGGGCAGGCUGGGACCCGGCGAGGAGAUGGGCCACCGCCUCUCAUUUGUGCUCAACAGGUCUUACGGCGAGCUACCCAGCUACAAAGUGCGCUACGUUGUGCAACGGGCGUCCGGCCGCAAAGAGGAGGGCGAGGCUACACUCCGCCUGCCGGUCGGCGUCCACAAGUUCCUCACGCCGCUGAUUGCCGGUGAGGACCACUUCGACAGCAUGUGGUCGUCACUGAGGUCGCACGAGUCGUCGCGCGAGAUCUCCGUCGGCUGCAGCAUGUCCGCCGCCUGUGAGAUAGUGCGGCGUUGCGCGCGCGCGCACGUGGUCGAGGUAGGUGACCGUGGCGGUUUUCUCACCGCGUCGUCAGGAGUCCGAGAGCGAGUCGUGGUUCGCAUGUUGCUGCGAGUGUGCGAACAAAUCUAG